AUGGCUGAGAAUGCCAGCCUGCGCAAAGGAUUGUCAUCCACACUGGAUAAAGCGGCCCGCGUGGCCGUGGACGGGCACGUGCAGAACAAUCAAGUCCUUGGAAUUGGGAGUGGCUCGACCAUUGUUCAUGCUGUGCAUCGACUAGCUGAAAGAGUUCAGCAAGAAAACCUGAAUGUUAUUUGCGUCCCUACAUCCUUUCAGGCACGGCAGUUGAUCCUGCAGAAUGGUUUAAUCCUAAGUGACCUGGACAGACACCCAGAGCUUGACGUUGCCAUCGAUGGAGCUGAUGAAGUGGACUCUGACCUCAAUCUUAUCAAAGGUGGUGGAGGCUGUCUGACACAGGAGAAGAUUGUUGCGGGCUAUGCCAAAUGCUUCAUUGUUAUUGCAGACUACAGAAAAGAUUCCAAGAACCUUGGAGAGCGGUGGAAGAAGGGAAUCCCCAUCGAAGUCAUCCCGAUGGCCUAUGUGCCAGUCACCAGGGCCCUGGAAAAGAAGUUUGGUGGUGUUGCUGAGCUGAGGAUGGCAGUUAGCAAAGCAGGCCCUGUGGUGACGGACAAUGGGAAUUUCAUACUGGACUGGAAGUUUGACAUGGUCCACAAGUGGAAGGAUGUGAACACAACUAUCAAAAUGAUUCCAGGUGUGGUGGAAACAGGCCUGUUCAUCAACAUGGCAGAAGCAGUUUACUUUGGAAUGGAGGAUGGCUCCGUCCGCAUGCGUGAGAGACCGAGCCACUGACACCGGUCUCACCUUUGCCUUUGGCCAGUUGUAGGCUGCUGUCAUCAGUGCCAAUCUGAGAUUUUGCCUUAACGAGCGACCAUCAUGACAGAAGAGGAUGGACAGAAUGUCAACCGAAUCCACUGAUAUGAUACUGAAUGUCUCUCUCUCUUCUCUCUCUCUCUCUCUUUUUUUUUUUUUUAAACAAAUAUAUUCUAUUUCUAUAUAUCUAUAUAUUUUUACUUUACAGGAAGGUUCUUUUUAAAAAAAAAAAUAAUUUGAGCUAAAAUUGCUUUAACACUUUUGUGUUUAUUUUUGAGAAACGUUUACCAAAAAGGACACUUUUUUUACGGAACUUGAACCCAUCUGGUUGCUCUUACGGUGUUGGGGGUCGGAGUGAGGCGACCACAAGUCUGUGUUAUGUUGUUUGCCAAGGAGAAGAAUGAAGAAUGAGGCACAUAAUACGAGCAUAGCCAGUUUGGAUCUGCUGAUGCCUUAUUUGGAACCUGUUUGGUUCUGUGUUUUAUGCCUUUUUAUUUUUUUAUAGCCUGGGUUUUAAUAGUACAGACUGCCUAGUUACUUUCUGUGUGUGACAAUCACCCCUGGGCAGAGGGAGGCCACGGUCAAUGUGUCCCUUCAUGCUGGGACAUGUGGUACAUGAACCUGUGUCUGAUCCUCUGCACAGAGGUGACUUUGUUCCUCUGGGCCAAAGUCUGCUCUGUUACACUCCCGUCAAUCCACGUAGCUUCCAUCAAUGGAAGUCUAUUUGAAUCAAUGGAGUUGCAUCAGAUGGGCAUCAGUGUGAACAAGGGCAAAGCUGGGAGCCUUGACCCAGUUUUUAUGGAAGCAUUUGAAAAAUUAGCAGCGUGUCUUGCAGUCGUGGCAAAUCCACUUGGUCAGGAAUGAAGGCAAUAAACCAGGCUUCAUAGCUGUUGAUUUCAGGGAAGGAUAGAGCAGAACGUAAUGGAAAACUGAGUCUUCCUGCCUGAACUGACUGCAAAUGUAGCAGGCAAACAAGGUACUCAUUUAAUAUAUUGUAUUUCAUGUCUUUGCAUGGUGCUGUGUCAACAAUGCCAUCACUUGGUUUGUUAUAUGUUCUGAAAUAAAGAACUCUAAUGCCAGGAA